AAACAAUCAUGGCGGACGCUGAAGCUGUAGCUCUUGUGUAUUUGGCAGUUAGCAACAUUCCUGUUGCCUUUCACUCCGCAGACCUGAGAAAUUACUUCAGUCAGUUCAUAGAAAGUGGCGGUUUUCAUUGUUUUCACUACCGGCACCGACCGGAGCUCCUCAGGGAGACCGAGCGGUCCGAAAACACCGAGUGUGGCGACGGCCAAGAGAGCCACCAGGAGCCGGACCAGAGCUCCGAGAAGAAGCAGGCGGCCAGGUCCUGCUGUUGUAUCGUCUCGGUUCAUGCUAAAGAUGCCGACAGAUUCAUCAGGAUGUAUGCGGGGAAUCACUGGAUCAACUCCAAGGGCAACUGGCUGGCCAGACGAUGUGUUAUUAAAAGAGUAAAGGUUUCACAUGACAAAGAUGAUGGAUCAUUCCCCUACAAAUCAAAGUUGGAGCGGCGGCACAGAGUGUCCUUAACAGAGCAGUUUACAGAGGCCGACCUCAAAAGUUUGUCCGAGCUCAAUCCCCCAGCUCUGAUGCAGAAUGGGAACGUGGGCACUCCAGUUAAAGUGUUCCUACAGCUCAUCCAGUCCUGCAGACUACCUCCGCGACUCAUACGGAAGUUGGGCCUCACUUUCCCCAAAACCAGCUCAAACCGUCGUUAUGGCAAUGUACCUUUCCAGUACUGGAACACUACGACACUUCCAGCCACAGAAGAGACGAUAUUAACAGCUGCUGGACAUGAAAUAGCAGGACCGGGCACUUUUUCAGGACAGAAACCGCUAACUGAUCACACAGAGACAACAGAGAUUGAUGAGCCACAGGAAGAAGAACAGGAGGAUGAACAGUCUGAUGCAGAUGAUGACGAUGACCGCUGUGAGGAGUGGGAGCGUCAUGAGGCUUUGCAUGAGGAUGUGACGAGCCAGGAGCGGAGCAAGGAGAGGCUCUUCGAGGAGGAGAUUGAGUUGAAGUGGGAGAAAGGAGGCUCAGGCCUCGUCUUCUACACUGAUGCUCAGUACUGGCAGGAAGAAGAAGGAGAUUUUGAUGAACAAACGGCAGACGACUGGGAUGUUGACAUGAGUGUUUACUAUGAUAAAGAUGGAGGUGACAUGGAUGCCCGAGACUAUGUCCGAAUGCGGUAUGAAAAAAGAAUGAGAGAGGGUCUUGAAGAUAGAUCUGGACACAGUCAGUCUAUUGGCAGCUUUGAGAAGUUCACUAAGGGCUUUGGUCGUCGUUUGAUGGAAAAGCAGGGCUGGAAGGACGGUGAAGGGUUGGGACACAGUCAAGCUGGGAUUCCUGACGCCCUUGAGGGUGAAGGCCAAAAUCCCAAUUGUAAAAGAGGCUUUGGGUAUCAUGGAGAGAAAUUGCUCUUACAUCCUUUUAAAAAGGCCAGGACAGAUUUUCAUAUAACUACAGUGUAUGACAAACCCAAAGACAUCGAUGGAGGCGACACCUUGCUGAGGCGGCAACCAAACACCAGUAUGAAGUACAGAGGCUGGCAGCCAGGUGGCAUCAUUGGACCACGACGAUGACUUUAAUCAAAUUAUUUCUAUUAUUAUACAGAAUUUUUGCUUAUUUAUUUUUCUGACAGUGUUAUUAAAACAUUUUUGAACCUUUCAUACUAUUUGUACUGUUUCUGUAUAUGAUUAAAUAAUAAAAUCUUCAA